CCUCUCUAUGAAGUAGAGCUGAGCUGUAGUAGCUGUAGUAGAGCCGGCGGGGAACCUAUCAGUGUACGGACUCUGAACUGUGGAUACUUCUUUUUAAUCCUGGAACUGAAAAAAACAAAACAAAUUUUAUACUCUCUGGACUUGAACUUUUUUUCUUUUACCUCCCAUACUUCUUGGUUCCUUUGGAAGAUUUGGGGAAGUUUUCUCUUUUUGAUUAACUGCUGUAUUCAGGAUGCUUAACUCUGUUGUUUUGCAGCAGAUCAUUUCCACACUAUUUUUGCUGGGUGGUGCUGCAGUGAUGGCAGAGGCAGAGUGCCCCGCAGAGUGCUCCUGCGCCCCCACACUCCCGCUGUGCCCGCCGGGCGUCAGCUGGGUGACCGACCACUGUGGCUGCUGCAAGGUUUGUGCUCGGCAGUUCAACGAGGACUGCAGCUCAACCGAACCCUGCGAUCACAUCAAGGGGCUGCGCUGCCAUCUGGGGGCCGGAGGGGACCCUGAGAGAGGACUGUGUCGAGCUGAGGCCCACGGUCUGCCCUGCAUGUUCAAUGGUCAGGUGUACCAGCACGGCGAAAACUUCCAGCCCGUCUGCCAGCACCAGUGCACCUGCAUGAACGGCGUGGUGGGCUGCAUGCCCCUCUGCCCUCACCAGGUGCCCCUGCCCCACUGGCGCUGCUCGCGGCCCCGACUGGCUCGCCCCGAGGGUGGCUGCUGUGAGAAAUGGGUGUGUGAUGACGACAACAGCAUUGACGAGGAGCCGGACGAACCGGUGCGCAUCUCCCCUCCAGACCACCAGCUCCACCCCAACGACAUCAGUGCCCUGCUGCAAGCCCAGCCACAGCCUCAGCACCCAGCUGACACCAGGCUUAGAGAGACUGUGUCCUUCCCCGUGUCUGAGGCGCUUCUCCAGCCUCGCUGUUUCUCACAAACUACUGAGUGGACCCAGUGCUCCACCACGUGUGGAAUGGGCAUAUCAAGUCGUUUGACCAACAACAACCCAGACUGUAGGCUGGUCAAAGAAACCAGACUGUGCCAGAUCCGGAAUUGUGAGCUGGCGUUUCCUGUAGCUAGCAAGGGAAAGAAGUGUCAGCGAGUCGUCCGGCCACAGGAGCCGGUCAGCAUCACCUUUGGCGGCUGCUCCACAGCUGAGCGGUAUCGGCCUCGCACCUGCGGGGGCUGCACUGACGGCCGCUGCUGCACCCCCUCCCACUCACGCACCGCGCGGCUCCGCUUCCACUGUCCAGACGGAGACAGCUUUCACAACGUCAUGUGGAUCCAGCGCUGCCACUGCAGCGCAAGCUGCGGCACAGACAGCAGGCCCUCCAGCACUUUACUCAGCAUCUACAACGACAUCCACAAUUUCAGGGACUGAGGCUGACUCAGCGCCUCCUGAGCAGCCCUGGACUGCUACCAGUCCCCCCUUCUCUAAACUCGCUGCCGCCCUGUCUGUCAGCUAGGUGGAAAAGCAAUACGCUCGCUUGCACUUUAAGCUUCCUGCCGAGGUGAUGUCAGUUUGUCCACACUAGCGGUGUAUUGCCUCUCUAGCACCAGGGCACCACUGAAGACAAACACACUGCAGUGUGUCGGCUGAGUCAUACUGCCGGCAGAGAUUUUGAACUGAAACAUAUUUAAUUUAUUUCUAACUUUGCAUCCUCUCCACAGAGGGUGAGGGGACGUUCUGUCAAACAGAGAGAAAGCUGUUUGGACCAGUGACAAGAAACAUUUAUGAGGAAUGAUGGGAAUUAUGGACAUGCAUCUUUUUUCUGAUGUAUUGUGAAAUGUUGAGGAAUCGUUAGAGGAUAUUAGAUGUAUUCCUUAGUGACUGUAAGGACCUGUCCUUUGUGAUCUAGGGUUUUCUGUACAUGCGCAACUGAUUGUUUUUUGAACGGUGUGUUUGCGUGCGUGUCUGAGUAGGUGAAGAUGGACUGUAUUUUUUUAGAAUGAGAGUUUACAGAGACAGUGCUCACAAUGCUACUAUGACAUAUAAAUGGAAGCAUGUAGUGUAUAUAAACUUCACUCUUAGUUGUGGAGUGAUAAAGUUCUAGGAUCACCUCAUUUUUCGGGGUGUGAUUUUGUUCAUUUGUUCCCUCCCCAAUUCUGGGAUGUAAUUAUGCCGUAUGUUAAAGAUGUGUUAAAUGUGGUUUGUAAACCCUUGUAUUUUCAAUAAAACCUUCACAAACCAUGA